GGGCCUCCUCCGCGUGGCCCCUUCCCCGCCCCACCUCGCCCCGCUCCCACCAACCGCAGAGCCCCGACCCAAUCACAGACUUGACUACUCGCGUGGCUCCUCCCCAACCAACGCCUCACUUCGCCCCGCCCCCGCCACGAGCCUGGCUUCCUUCCCCGGAAGAACCGCGUAGCCGCGCCCCCGCAGCUCCGGGCUGACCCCCCCCCCCCCGCCUCCGCGUCUCCAUGGAAACGGUACGCACUAAAGCCGAGCGAGAAGCGCGAUGGCGGCCGGGGAGCCGAGGGAUUUGGGCAGCUACUACUUCAGAUUCCUGCCUCAGAGAACCUUCCAGUGUCUGAGCACCCAGGAGACCACCAGCCGGCUCCGCCAGUGGUCCAUGCUGGGCAGAGUCGCGGCUCAGGCGUUCGGCUUCGACCAGAAGUUCCAGGCCUAUCGCAAGGACGACUUCGUCAUGGCUUUUUUCAAAGACCCAAAUGUUAUUCCUAAUUUGAAGUUACUUUCAGAUUCUUCUGGACAAUGGAUUACAUUAGGAUCUGAAGUGAAAAAAAUUGAAGCCACAAAUGUUCCCUGUACACAGCUUUCAAUGUCAUUUUUUCAUCGGUUAUAUGAUGAAGAUAUUGUACGCGAUGAUGGACAUAUCAUUAAGUGUUUAGAUUCUUUUUGCGAUCCCUUUCCUAUAUCUGAUGAAUUACGAAAAGUUUUGCUAGUGGAAGACUCAGAAAAAUAUGAAAUCUUUAGCCCAGCUGAUAGAGAAGAGUUCCUGUUUUGUCUUUUCAAACAUCUUUGCCUUGGUGGAGCCCUUUGUCAGUAUGAAGAUGUGCUUCAUCCAUAUCUGGAAACGACAAAGCUUAUCUAUAAAGACCUAGUGAGUGUUCGAAAGAAUCCUCAAACCAAGAAAAUACAAAUUACCUCUUCCAUCUUUAAAGUUACGGCAUAUGAUUCCGUUGGCAUGUGCUACCCUUCAACAAAGUCUCACGAACAGACAUUUUCUUACUUUCUUGUGGAUCCGAUCAGGCGUCAUGUUCAUGUUCUAUACCACUGUUACGGUGUGGGGGAAAUGUCUUAACAGUAUUCUUUCAGAUUAUCGAUUUUACGGUUUUUACCAAUUUUUUGUUUUGACGUCAUUUUAUAGGUAAACAUCUCCUUUGCCAGUUAAUUUAAGUAAAGUGUAGAGAAGCCGCAUAGAACAGAAGGACACAGUACAAGAUGCCUGUCUUUAAAUUUGCCUCGAGCGGUAGCGUAGGGACCGAACUCCAUCCCUGCCACGGUCUACACCAAUAUAGUUGUGGACAAUUUACAGAGAGUUACAAGGAACUAAAAAUCCGGUCCGUAUUUGUCGCAUUAGGAUUCAAGGAAGGCCUCGAUUUUCCACGUAUUUUAUUUUAGAAGCUAAUUUAUUUUAGCUUGAAACUGUGGCAGAAAACUGACCAUCUCUCCACUGAUCAUUAUUAUCAACUGUUAGCUUUUCAAAUUUGAGUUUCACUUCAUUGCAUUUCUUCAUCGCCUAGAGAUUUACACGUCCAGGGGUGUAAAAUGCAUAACAAUUCCUUUGCUUCGUUUGUCCCAGUUAAAAGCCUCAAUAAAAAAAGUCAUGUUCUGAAAGUA